CACCUUUGUGUCAAUGCAUGCCAUCAUAGCGAUGGUGUUACCAUUUUGGGUACAAUUGACAACCCCACCACAAAGUGAAAAUGGAAGAAAGGCGUGUGGGUGAGUGCUUGAAGGUGAUGAAUUAAUGCAUGGUCAUGAGUCGUGAUGGCUUUCCCCAAGUUACAGUGCGUGUAAAACGAAUACCUUUCUCCAUAGUCCACCCCACGUGGUUGGACUUCUACUCUUUCUCUCUCUAGUGUCUCUCUCCAGAACUCGCUUUCUCUUCCUCCUCAAACCACUUUCUCUCUCUCCUCUAUGUAUAUAUAUAUCAGUCCUAGGAGAGGCUACAGAUGUCUCAUUAUAUAAAGUUUUUUGGUAUGAAAAGUGUAAGAAAGGUGUGAUAGAAAGGGAGAUGCUAUUCGCCAUUAUCCAUUAACAAACCCUACGAUUCGUGUCUUAUCAUUUUGUUUGGUUGAUUGGAAAAUUCUCUGUUCAUUGAGGAAUUGGGACUCUGUUAUUUGUUUGAAUGGGAAUCUCUUUUUCCUGCCCAUUCUCUGAAUCCAACGACUUGGAAACUGGCCUGGAAUCAGUUGUAGUGAAAUCCAUCAGUUUUGGAGACAAUGAAGUGAAAACAGCAAAAAGAUCCGUCAGUUUCAAUGGUCGAAACUCCGAACCGACGAUAAUGAGAUCCCUGGGGUCUGGAAAGAUGAUAUUAGAAGGGUCCGUGAGCUUUGAAAGGGGAGAAUUGGAGACAAAGGUCUUAAUCAAGGCUCCUUCAUUAGACAAGGAGAAGAGUAUGAUCACCAGAUCAGCCAGUACUGAGCAAAAUCAAGUUGAUAAUUAUUCAUCGAGAUCGGAUAUUACUACAGAGAUGAUCCCUCGAUCACCUCUUUCAGAUUCCAGCCACCCCAAACAUGAGGCCGCCCUAAAGUUGCAGAAAGUUUAUAAAAGCUUUCGGACUAGAAGAAAGCUGGCAGAUUGUGCAGUUCUCAUUGUGCAGAACUGGUGGCAACUCUUAGAUUUCGCCGAGCUCAAGCAUAGUUCUAUCUCAUUCUUUGAAAUUGAGAAGCAUGAGUCUGCCAUUUCUCGGUGGUCAAGAGCAAGAACAAGAGCAGCCAAGGUUGGAAAGGGUUUAUCUAAGAGUGAUCGAGCUCAGAAACUUGCGUUGCAGCACUGGCUUGAGGCGGUAAGCAUAUUGUAUUUCAAUAAAUUUUUCCUUUUCUUCAGAUUUUUUUGGGCUGUUGUUGAUUCUGUUUCUCUAUUUUUUGUGGAACAGAUUGAUCCGAGACAUCGGUAUGGACACAAUCUUCAUUUCUACUAUGUUCAAUGGCUUCAUUGUCAAAGCAGAGAACCCUUCUUCUACUGGCUGGAUAUAGGAGAAGGGAGAGAGGUGAACAUAGAAAAAUGCCCGCGAUCUAAACUCCAGCAGCAGUGCAUCAAGUAUCUUGGACCGAUGGAAAGGAAAACUUAUGAAGUUGUAGUAGAGGGCGGGAAGCUCUUCUACAAACAAACCGGGGAGCUCCUGGACACCACCGGAGAAUCCAAGGAUGCUAAGUGGAUUUUUGUGCUCAGCACAUCUAAGACCUUGUAUGUUGGGAAGAAGAAGAAAGGCACAUUUCAGCACUCCAGCUUCUUGGCUGGAGGAGCCACAUCGGCUGCUGGGAGAUUAGUAGUUGAAAACGGCAUUCUAAAGGCAGUUUGGCCUCACAGUGGACAUUACCGGCCAACAGAAGAAAAUUUUCAAGAUUUUGUUUCUUUCCUCAAAGAGAACAAUGUGGAUCUCACAGAUGUUAAGAUGAGUCCUGCGGAUGGAGAAGAUGAGGAGCUUGUAAAACAAAGCAGUGUUUGCCUUAGAAGCCUGUCUUCCGAAGAAGACUUGACUGACAAGGCGAAGGGCACUGAAGAGAACUUGAAUCAAGAGAAGAUUGGAUUAGCAGAAGCAGAGCCUGCUGCUGUGUCAGAAAUGCCAAAGUCAUGGCGAUCAUCCAGUCUUGGUAAAAGUUUGACUAAUAUUAAGAUACCAAAAAGGGGUGAAUUGUUUCAGAGAUCAGAGAAUGGAAAUCUGGCUGCUGGACCAGGUUGUGGCAAUGACUCUGCAGAGUCUCCUCUGGGUGGUUACGAGUCAGAGGAAGAGGAGACCACUGUAGAACAGGACUACAUGCCCCCAAAGAGGAGCCUUGUUGAAGAAGAAGAGGAACAUGAUAUCAAAGCCACUCCAAAGGAAUCAAUUCUCCGGAGGAUCAAUUCACAGAAGGGAAUGGAAUUGUAUCAAUUGGGGAGGCAGUUGUCUUGCAAAUGGACAACAGGAGCUGGACCCCGAAUAAGCUGUGUGAGGGACCAUCCCUCAAAGCUCCAGGUCCGGGCUCUGGAGCAUGUCAACUUGUCUCCAAGAAGUGCCGGCCAUUGUAGAUCAGAGUUCUCCCCCAGAAGCUCAAUUGAGCUGAACCCCCCAAAGGUGUCAACACCCAUCAGUUACAGCAGUGGGACACCGCCCCCUGCAAGUUCCCCUGUUUUUGAAAAAGGGGUUUUGCCUCACAGAAGCAUUCAUCAUUCUAAAACACCGUUUUCUCCAUUGUCACGAGGUAGUGAUAGAUCUACCAUUUUCCCCUGUAGGCAGAUAUAUUCCUGAUUUCAUCUAUUCUUUUGUGAAUAGGAAAGACAAGAUAGGAAUUCUUUUACCAUUCUUUUGUAUUUGAAUCAUGUACACAGUUUCUGUUUCGUUCAUCUUGUACAAUAUGAGAUGAAAAACUUGUAAAAUUUCUUGGGUUUUAACACCCUUACAAUACAAAAGAAGAUCUCCAUUCAGACUA